AUGCCCUUUAACGCUCUCGGUGUGUCCAACAACUUGCCUGAAUGAAAACACAGCAGCGACGCUGCUACUGGUGAAGUGGCGUGGUGCAGAAAGUCGACUGCGGCCGCCUUUUGUUCUAUUUCCCUUCUCGUGUGCCACCGGCGUAUAUCUUCGAACAGCAGCGCGCCGUGUCCUGGACGUGACCGAGCAACAUGGACCAACGGAAACUGUCCGAGUUAAAGGGCUUCGUGCAGUUGUGCGAGUCCAACCCAGCGAUCCUGCACCUGCCGGAGAUGGGCUUCUUCCGGACCUGGCUGCUGAGCAUGGGUGCAACGAUCCCUCCCCAACCCAGGACUGAGGAGUCAUGCCAGGGCGGCUGUCCUUGUGGUCCUGCCCCGACACCGACUUCACCAGCUUCAGCUUCAGCUCCAGCUCCUGAGCCCUCCGUACUGUCUGAGAGCGAGGAGAGUGAAAUAGAAAUCGACGACGAGGGAGUGAUUGAGCCAGACACCGAUGAACCACAGGAGAUGGGCGAUUUUGAGAACGCCGAGGUCACAGAGGAGAUGAUGGACCAGGCCAAUGAGAAGAAGAUGGAGGCGAUUGAUGCUCUGGGAGAAGGUAAUCUGCAGAAAGCUCUGGAUCUUUUCACUGCAGCCAUCAAGCUGAACCCUUGCUUAGCCAUCCUGUACGCCAAGAGGGCAAGUGUCUUCAUCAAGAUGCAGAAACCAAAUGCAGCCAUACGGGACUGCAACAGAGCCAUAAACAUCAACCCAGACUCUGCACAGCCUUACAAGUGGAGGGGGAAAGCUCACAGGCUGCUGGGCCACUGGGAGGAGGCAGCCAAAGACCUGGCCACAGCCUGUAAACUGGACUACGAUGAGGACGCCAGUGCAAUGCUGAAGGAUGUCCAGCCUAAGGCAAACAAGAUCAUGGAGCACAGACGCAAAUAUGAACGCAAGAGAGAAGAGAGGGAAGUCAAAGAGAAACAAGAGCGGAUAAAGAAGGCGAGAGAGGAGCACGCACGGGCUCAGAGGGAUGAGGAAGGGCGGCAGUUCGGAGGAGGAUUCUUCCCAGGCCCUGCUGGAUUCCCGGGAGGAGCCCCUCCUGGCAUGCCGGGUCUCAGUGAACUCCUGACAGAUCCUGAGCUUCUCAACGCCAUGAAGGACCCUGAGGUGAUGGCUGCCUUCCAGGACGUGGCGCAGAACCCAGCCAACAUCUCCAAGUACCAGAGCAACCCCAAAGUCAUGGCACUCGUCACCAAGCUGAGUGCCAAGUUUGGAGCUUCACCGCAGCCAUAAAGGGGAGAAGACCAAAGUGGAGUGGAGAGGAGAUGAGUGGGGGGGAGGGUGAAUACGUGGUGAAACAAUCCUGAGAGCCACAACGCUUUGCAGAUCAUAGGAGUGGGAGACAGAUUAUUUGGUGUGAUGUGCUCAAAGCGGGGGCUACUUUUUAAAUGUUCAGAAUCAGCCGUUCAUGACGUUGUUUCUGUGUCUCUUUCCUGAGCAAGAAACGGCCAAUCGGGAUUGACCUUCUCCGAUUGGUCGGCACAAAUAUGACACUGUGCCGUGUUGAGCGAGCACAGAGUGCAGAGGUUGAGAGGGACAGAGAGAGACACUGUGGUCUCACAGAGCCAGAGUUUGUGUGAGUGGACAUGAAUGCAGAGGGGUUAUUAUUGCACGUAACAUAUGGGUGAUAACAAACGUGCAAAUACAUUUAUCAAAUAGAUUUUCAUUUGUCAAACGGAAUAAUUUUUUGCUUGCAUAUGAGUUCUCUUGCGAAAUAUAAUUUUGUGCCUGCAAAAGUUAUGUUCCUGCGCUCCCAUUUCUCGAGUCGCUCGCUCAGGAAAGAGACACAAAAGUGAACGCCAUAGCUCAGCACUUAGCGAUGUCUCAACGAAGCAACCCCACUGGUGAGGAGUCAGGUCAGGCACUCAUGACAAAACCCUUCUGACAGCGUCUCAGCUGGGACUUCACUUAACCACUGGUUGACAGUUUCUUAACCUGGAAAAGCUAAACCUGGGAGCUCCUGCUUUAAGACGCUAGCUCACAAACAUUUUUACAGGCAUUUAAUACGUGGUAAUGGUUUAGCUAUUUUUUCUUUCUCUGAACGGGGCCGAACUCUCAUGUGACGGCCAGCACUUUUUGUUAACAGAUCAAUUAUAAAUGCAAAAAAAAGAAGAGUACUGUUCUUUAUGUCUGACCCUGUUUGGAAAAUGAUCCACAAUAAUAAAACCUCUGUUGCUGCAAACUGGUUGAACAUUC